UGACAACAACAAAAUAAAGCACUUUUUUUGAAUGCGAAUAAUGAGAAGAGCAUUGAUUUUACCAUAAAAACCUGACAUUACUUUUAAUUCCUUUUUUGUACUUAUGAGAGCAAUUGAACUACUAUUUUUAUGGUAACGAAAAUGUCGGUGUUUUGGGAUGAAAACAAGCAACCUAUUUUCGAGGAUUAUAUUUUCAUUUUGCCUUCUAUAUCUGUUGGAAAUGUUGGCCAGCUUGCUGUAGACUUAUUACUCAACAAUUUAGAAGUGAAGCAUGUUGCAUUCAUUGAAGAGCCAUCAAUUUUGCCAAUUGUUGGUCCUGAUCCUUUUGAUCCAGAAAGCACGAAAUUAGCCACUAGUUGUGAAUUAUUUCAGUUUGAAGAAAAGAAACUUUUAAUUAUGCAACAAAGAGCUCCAAUUAUUCCAGAAGAAAUUUCCAGAUAUAAAGAUUUCAUCACAAAUUUUAUUAAGUCACAUAAAUUCAAGAAAACUGUGUUGUUAUCAAGUAGCUUUUCACAAUUUUUUACAGCAGAAAACCUUCAAGGUGUACCCAUUCAUUAUCUACUUACAAGCACUGUACGGGAAGAAGAAAAGCAGUUUGAAAACAUUUCUUGGCGGAAAUUUCAGUUGCCACAAAAUGUGGAUCCUACAGAGACUUCUUUAAUUCCUGGAGGUGGAAUUGCUGCUAAAUUGUUGAAAGACUGUGAAGAGCAGCAAGUUCCUUUGGUCGUUUUAAUCCUUGUUUGUUCUGAAGGAAAUAAUUAUCCUGAAGCUUUACAAAUGGUUAAAAGCAUCAAUCAAUGGCUUCAGUUAAAGCAGACCAAAGAUUCUGAAGAAGUCUGGAAAAUUCCUAUAUCAUGGGCUUUACCAUAUGGAAGUGAUGCACCACACACAAUGUUUUAAAAUUUGUUGAAUAAAAAUUAUGUAUGAAAUGUUUAAUAAAAUUUUUAUGUAUUGUUUUCUAUCUGAA